AUGGUAGAUAGCAGAUUGUCCUUUAUAGAUCAUUUUAAUUAUCUAGGCGAAAAAACUGCAAAGGUAGUUAGGGCGUUGGGUAGACUUAUGCCUAACUUGCGGGGAUCUGGCGAGUGCAAAAGGAGAUUAUACGCAAAUGUAGUGCUGUCGGUGCUGCUGUAUGGGGCUUCACUCUGGAGUGAUGCAUUAUCCGCCUCCUGCAAGAUUCAGACAUUAGUCGAUAGACUACAGAGAACUUUAGCUAUCAGGGUAAUUUCUGGUUAUCGCACGGUCUCUUUGGACGCAGCAAACUUGUUAGCUAGAAUUCCGCCGUUGCACCUUCUAGCGAGAGCAAGGAAAAGAUCAUAUGAACGUGUACGGGAUUUAGUAGCGGUCGGUUUAUGGUCUGAAAAAAGAGAGGUCGACAUCAAGAGAGAGGAAGAAUUACUUAUGCGAAGACAGUGGGAACUAUAUCUAGACGGCCCUGGUCUGUACGGUAGUAGGACCAGGGAGGCGAUACUUCCCAACUUUAAUCAAUGGUUAGAUAGAGGGUGGGGAAGUAUGGCCUUUAGACUGACGCAACUUCUAACAGGGCAUGGAUGCUUUGGAACGUAUCUUUUCAGAAUAGGUAAAGUAGAAUCUGCGAUAUGCGAGCAUUGUACGGAUAAAACAGAGGACUCAACGGAACAUACUUGGCAGGAGUGCUCUGCUUGGAACUCUGAAAGGGAUGCCCUCAAAAGAGAGAUAGGAGAUAAUCUCACACUCGAGGCCGUGAUCGCUGCGAUGUGUUACUGUAAGGAGGCGUGGGUGGCAGUAAUUAGAUUCGCGGAGGGUGUAAUGCUCACCAAAGAGAUUUUGGAGAGGGAACGUCAAAUGCAGGAAGCGUUAGCGAACUCUUCCGUCGUCGCUGGAUUCUCCGGAUCAACGCCCAUGGAUUUCUGGACUACCCAUUGGAUGAAAACUAUUUCGACGCCUCAGGAAUACGUCGGAACAACGUUAUUUGUGCAACGUUAUGCUGUCGCCGCUGGAUUCGCCGGAUCAACGCCCUUGGAUUUCUGGACUACCCGAUGGAUGUAG